GGAUUCCAUCAAUACUGAUGUGCCUUUCUGUUCUAGGCCAGACUUGUGUUGAUAUCAAAGACAACAUUGUCGAUGAAGGAUACUAUUUCACCCCAAAAGGGAACGAUCCCUGUUUGAGCUGCACGUGUCACAACGGUGAACCUGAGAUGUGCGUGGCUGCUUUGUGUGAGCGGCCCCAGGGCUGUCAGCAGUACCGCAAGGACCCGAAGGAGUGCUGCAAGUUCACCUGUCUAGACCCAGAUGGCAACAGCUUGUUUGACUCCAUGGCCGGGGGAAUGCGUCUGAUCGUGAGCUGCAUCUCCUCCUUCCUCAUCCUCUCUCUGCUGCUUUUCAUGGUCCACCGGCUGCGCCAGAGGCGAAGAGAGCGCAUAGAGUCCUUGAUUGGAGCAAACUUGCACCAUUUUAACUUGGGCCGCAGGAUGCCUGGCUUUGAUUAUGGUCCCGACGGUUUUGGAACUGGCCUUACUCCACUGCAUCUUUCAGACGAUGGGGAGGGUGGAGCUUUUCAUUUCCACGACCCACCUCCACCCUACACUGCUUACAAGUACCCAGAUAUUCAACAUCCAGAUGACCCACCUCCUCCUUAUGAGGCUUCUGUCAAUCCAGACAGCAUCCUUUGUUCCACUCCAGAUGGAGUUCUCUCUCAGACUGUGCAAAGCAGUCCUCCAUCACUAGGAAACUGUGAUGUAUCCCCACAGCUUACAGAGGGGUCGCUUCCUCCCUCAGUUGGUCCUUCUCCAGUGGAGCUGGAAGACUCUGCUGACAGCAGCACCUUUCUUGUCCCUCCUGACACCCCACUAAAUGAGAACACACCGGCAGAAACUCUUACGGGCAGCCGUCACAGCCACUGUUCCCUCAACACCAUUGUAUAGAGGAGUGAAACGCCCAUCACUGGUCAGAGAGAGUUUUAGCAACUGUUUGCACAGACAAACACUAAUCCGUGGUUCGAACUUCAGAAGGAAUCUCCACUUUGUUCUUCAGACACUGCUUUUAUGUUCUAGUUUAGGAUCGUGCCUCUCGUUUUUUUGGCUGUCAUUAUUCACUCACUAAUCAACUUGUCCUGUAAAUAUGGACUGUAUAACUGCUCUUUUUUUUUUCCAUUGACUAUGGAAAAGAGAGCAGAGAAUUCCUUUGACUUCUAAGGAGGUAAAAAGUAUGGGUAGUUUGGUUUUUGGUUUUUUGUUGUUUUGUUUUUUUUUCUUAACCUGAGAGGAAUCAAAAUCUACAUCAGAAAAAAGCUACUUGGAUUUGGCUGGAUACCACAGGAUCCAGGGAACAGACAAUGGAAAAGGAGGGUGGGGGCAGUCACUGUUCAAGCAGAGAGGACAGAACUGCAGGGGAAGGGGCUGGGGACCUGUUUUGCAGAGUGGGGGCCCUGAGCAACGAAACACAGGGCACCAAGGGUUGCACUGUGUAAAACAUGUGGGUUUUCACCUGCAUUGCUGUUUCAGAACACCAUAGGGACUGGAGGGUGAAUGGUCUACGCAAUACGUGACGAGUGGGUACUAAGAAAACUGGGAUUUGCAAUUACAAUUAUUUGUUGCUGGUACCUGCAAAACCUCAUGGUUAGGUAAACUUCUGGCCCAUGAAGGAAACUGGGUCUGUGUGAUGUCCCUUUAGUAGAACCCUCACAUGUGUUAGGUAGUACUUUAGGGAAGAGAUGGGGAGCAAUUAACUUCGAUGCAGCCUGAGUUCACUGUAUGAAGCCCCUGUUUGUUACAAUCCCAUAAGGAAGAUUGAAGUAUUUUUCUUUCUAGGUUAACUCCUUUACAGUGAACAGUUGCACAAGACUGGCCUGGAUAAAAGAUCAUUGUUCUUGCUUUUCUUAUUGCAUGCUAUAUUUAGCAUGUGUGUUCCCUCCCCUCCAUUUCACUUUGCAGUUCUACAAAUACCACUUAAAAACGGUGAUCAACAUGUACUAUACGUGAUGUUUAAUUCUAAUUGGACACUUGUUCCUUAUCUGAGUCCCAUAAAUUGCCAACCCUGUUCUAGAGAUUUCCCCUGUGCCCCCCAAACCAUUUAUCCAGGUCCCACAAGGGUUUAUAAUGAGGUUAGUGUACUUAAAUCAAUAAAACAGUUUGCUUCAGUCUGAUAUGUCAUCUUAAAUUUCCCCCUUGUAUUGAACUCUUUAAACUAAGUUAAUUUACAGAUGACAAAGAUUCAUUCACUCCCUCACGAAACCCAAAGUCAAGCACUGUUGGUUUUGGUAAUGAGUGCAAAAUAAUCUUGACAGGUGAUUUUAAAUUUGUUUGGAUUUCAGUGUACAAAUAAUUUACUUUUUUCUCCCAUCCUCCCCUUGCCUCUGCUUCUCCUUGACUUACUGUAACAGUCAGCAGAUGAGAUGAAUUUUAAGGAAUUUGUAAAGAAUGCUCCCUGUAAAUGGUCUCCUGUUACCUUAUGAAGGGUACAAGCCUAGAGGGACAGGAACAAAACACUGCAUGGGGGUGUGUAUGUGAUCUAUUUUUCUAGUAAUUAUGAGAAGUCAUACUUGUAUGACAAAUCCUAACCCACUAUUGCGGUUUCCCAGUGCAGCUGACUCUUUCCCCAUGGAAUAUGCUGCUACUUUCUAUUCCCUGUCUUGCCUAUAGGCUUAUACUGUACUUGGGGAUUGGUCUUGACAAUUCAACUCCUUUUGCACAGAAAACUGUGGGUUUCGUUACUGAGGUCGUAUCUGGUGUCCUGACAUUCAGACACUUGCUAACAACCUUGACUCCGUCGGAGAGCGUGAAUCACAGCUCUGGGUGCGCUGCUGGCACACGAGUGGGAGGGAGCGCUGUUGGGAAGCCUCUCCGCCUGGAGCCGCUCCACGCCCGCGUCCUGCGCUCCGGCCUGACUGGCUGCGGCAGCACUGGUACGAAACGAGAGGAGCGCUUCUGCACCCCGUGGGAUCUCUGACCAUCUCCUCCUCCUCCGCGUUCCAAGCCCUGGUCCAAUGAAGUGGAUGGAUAGCAGUAGUCAGAACCAUGCGUACAAAUUAUCGAGCAUUUCUGAAGUAUGAAAAUAAAGCGGGUUUUGUGCGUUUUUGAGCACAUUCAUACGUUUUAUACAUUGUAUGUACUGAUUUUCCUUUAGUUUUAUAGGUACGAAUGCGUGUGUGUGCGUGUGUGUUUCUGGGUGGUGACAUAUAUAUAUAUCUAUACAUACUGUAGACAGUAACCUUUGUGCUGCAUCCCGCUAGGUGAAGCUGAGCACUGAGAUAGAAACUAGGCUCUAGGGUUAAUACUUCUCUCAAGCUGGCUACACUGUUGUAGGACAGGUUGGGAUAGUGUACACUUAAGUAGGAUGCAAAGUCUAUGCUACUACAAUCUGUUCCUGAAAAAUAUUUUGUUAGCAGUGCAAAAUAGAAAAUUUCCAAUUUCUUUUGAAGCCAGGUGGAAUAUUUGUAGUAUCCUAGCGCAAUAACAAAAGGCCUUUUGGCUUGGUCUCUGAAACUGUUUUGUGGCUGAGGUGAACAGAUACCUUACCUCACACUUCUCCUAACACUGCAGGAAUCUGUUCAACAUUUUUUUAUUUUACUUUUGGUUCUGUGGUGAAUUUUAUUUGCAAAUAAGCUCUGUUACAACUGGCAACUUCAUGGUGGCUCCUGGUUGUAGCUAUUCCAAAUGGAGGCUUCUUUGUAGAAGCCUCAUUGUGAUAUUUUCCCCAUUGCUUCUGAGCCUUUCCCACUUGUAUAUUGGCAGUAGGCUGCUAUUUUCUCUAUUUUUUCCUAUCCUUCUUCAUCUUAACUGUAAACAAGGGAAAUUCUGCCUUGAAUGAAGCAGCUCACUAAGUACAGCUCGUUUACCUCUCGGUGAGCUUCUAAUUUGGCAAUAAAAUUGUCAUUUUUUUCCCUUUUUAAUGUAGCUUUUUCACAUUGAGUACUUUCUCUUGGAGUAAGAGCCUUUGUAGUGGAAAACGUCCCAACUACUCAGACUUCUGGACCAACUGGGGAAGAGUUAAGUUUCCAUGACAGCAGUGGACUCCUCAGCAAACCUUCCUUGCCCUUGGCAAGGUGACUGGAAGGCAGUUUGUCCUGAGCACCAGUUACAGAGGGUUGAUGCUUGCCCAAGGAAAACCUUUCUGUUUUGAUUGCCAUUAGAUUGAUGAGAUCUUUGGAGUUACUUUGUGCAUUGAUUUUUUUUUUCCCACCACUGUUCAUAUCUCUGGCUGUUUUUCUUAACUGCUAAUGCAUCUUAAACAUCCCUCCAGACACAGCAGGGAGAUGGCAUUGCCACAUGUUUCCCAGCAGAGUGUGUGAGCCAGGAGUGUGUUUAUCUCGGGAUGUUCUUGACUGCAGUUUUGUGAAGUCCCAGCACUCAGCUCCCAGCAGGGCUCACACCUCCCAUUGUGGCCUCGGACAAAGCUGCUCCUCAGAUUCCCCCCUCCUUGUGAUGUACUGUGGUGCCAUAUGAGGUCUCUGCUGUUCCCUAAGAGCAGCCCCAGAUACUCUGGUUUGUCAGUGAUGCCCCUGUACACAGUGUCACAGCAGCCCCUGAUUCUGUACUAGGUGAGUUGUAGGGUUUAAGUGUUAGAGGGGCGGAGGGUCCUGUUCUGUGCUAGAUCAACGCUGUCAUUCCAAUAUGCAAAAAAACUUGUCUGUGUAAUGUUCAGUCCUGUUUAGUUUGAGCCUCAGACUGUUCCUUUAUCCAUGCACAGCAGGACGCUGAUCCAGAAGAAGAAUGAAGUAGGUGGACAUUAUUUUCCGAAGGCUGACUCUUGCAGUCGGGCGGUGCUUUGCCUCCACAGGUGUUGUGGAGUGAUGACCUGUUCAGGCAUCUCCCGAGUUUUACUUGGGAAGAAAGUGGGUUUUUGUGACCAAUAAUUAUUACCAUUCUUUUCCCAUCUCAUAUUAAACAAACUUGAAGCUAUUUUUGAGCAUGUUUUUAUCUUUCGGAUGUGACUUCUCAACGACAAAGCACUGACGUUUUAAUGUUGCCUCGUACAAUCCCUAACGUGCAUCUCUUUUUUCCAGUUGGUGAAAUGUCUCUUUUCUCCCUAGCUAACGAACAUGCAAGGAAAUUUCUUUUAAAUUUCCCUUUCAAACUGGGAGCUGAACCCUAAAAUUACAGCAGUUGAGUGUAGGAGGUGAAUCAAAGUCCAUACGUUUGCUUCCGAUGUUCCCCAGUCCCAAAUGAAAUAAGCAUUUCUUUGGAAUAGAUGCUUUCAGUGGUAAAGAUGCACUUCUCAUAACAACAGUCAGCAUUACCUGCCUGCCGCGGUACCACAUAGCUUUAAUUUUCUGGUAUGUGCACCUUGAGUGCUGAGUGGGUCGGAGUCGAUGCCAGCAGAGGUGGCUGUGCUGUGCCACACCCUGCCUGUUGGGCUGAGGGUGCCUGGGAGGCUGUGAGAGAAUGAGACACUGCUUUUUACCUUCCUCUGGAAAAUCGUUUUAGCCAGCGCUGCACUUGCAGGCUUCUCCUGUGUAGUUGGUUUGUGACUGGACUUAACUGUGGCAGUGUAUAAAAGAUUUUGAUAUUCUGUGAAAUACCAUGUAGAAUUUAAAUUUGAUACUAUAAUAAUUGAGUCCUUGUGACACUGGUUUUUUGUUUUAACUUCUUUGGGGUUGGCACUAAUCUAUCUUUUUUUUUUUUUUCCAAGAUGCUGUGAGAAACAUUUCAUCCAAAUGCCAAAUAAAUUGUGUUCUGUAAGAGAAA